AUGAUGCUCAACGCCGAGUUUGAUGUUCUUGCCCAAGCGGCUACCAAGAACAACACUUCCGACCUGGUCUCUGACUACGACAAGGCCAUUGAGACCAUGGUCCAUACGCGUCUCACUGGGGCGUUUCCUGACUUCGAGUUCCUUGGUGAGGAGUCUUAUACGUAUGGCCAAAAGCUCAGCGACAAGCCUACCUUCAUUGUUGACCCUGUUGACGGUACGAUCAAUUUUACCCGCGGCUUCCCCAACUUCGGCAUCUCCAUGGCCCUUGCCAUUGACAAGUAUCCAGUCGUCGGCAUGGUCUACAGUCCAGGUCAUGGCAAUCUCUGGACGGCCAUCGAGAACCACGGCGCUUUCCUGACUCGGGAACUUUUCGUCGCACGCAAGAAGCUUACGGAUCCGCUUGAGAACCAGGACCCGAAGCGACUCAUCGCCAUCGAGUGGGGUAACGAGCGCAAGGGUUUCAACUGGGCGCUGCGCACUGACGUUCACAACAAGCUUUUGACCGACGAAGAGGAGGGCGGUAAGAUGAUCCUGUCCUGCCGCUCCUCUGGCUCCGCUGCGCUCGACUUCUGCUACGUCGCAGCCGGCAUGUUCGACGCAUUCUGGGAGGGCGGCGUUUGGUGUUGGGACAUUGCGGCUGGCUGGCUCAUGGUCAAGGAGGCGGGCGGUAUCGUUGCGUCUGCCAAUCCUGGCGACUGGCACCCUAGUCUCGAGGGCCGUUGCUACUUCCCUGUUCGUGCGGCGAAGCAUGAAGAGCAGAAGGCGGUGGUGGAGGAGCUGUGGGCUGUCAUGGGCGAUCGCAAGUUCGUCUACAAGGACAAGAAGAAGCCGGAUGACGGCAUGGUUUCGGCUGCGGAGACUGCCUAG